UUAACAUAAAUCAUUGAUUUGUAUUCAUGUAAUAAGAUUCAAUAUAUUCUACAUUAAAUAUUGCAGCCAACUUGUUGUUAUCAUUUAGUAAUAGCACAAUGUUCUGUAAUGUUAUACCAUGGUUGACAAAUUAUUUGUUUCAGAUCACUUUCUACGAGGAGAAGAACUUCCAGGGUCGCUCCUAUGAGUGCAUGAGCGACUGCUCCGACAUGUCCUCCCACAUGAGCAGGUGCCAGUCCUGCAGGGUGGAGAGCGGCUGCUUCAUGCUCUAUGAGAAGAACAACUACAUGGGCCAGCAGUUCUUCAUGAGGAGGGGAGAGUACAACGACAUGCACCGCAUGCAGAGCAUGGGAAUGAUGUUUGACAACAUCAGGUCCUGCAGAAUGAUCCCCUUUCACAAAGGCCAAUUCAGGAUGAAGAUCUACGAGAGGGAGAACUUCGGUGGUCAGUCCAAUGAGAUGAUGGACGACUGUGACAACAUCCAGGAUCGUUACCGCAUGUCCGACUGCCAGUCCUGCCACGUGAUGGACGGCCACUGGCUGAUGUACGAGCAGCCUCACUACAAGGGCAGGAUGAUGUACAUGAGGCCCGGAGAGUACAGGAGCUUCAGGGAGAUGAUGAGCGGCCAGAGGUUCAUGAGCAUGAGGCGUAUCACUGACAUGUGUUAAGUUUUCUCAUCAAUAAAACAUGAUCUAACUUAAA